AUGUUUAAGGCACUGCUUGUCCUCGGUGUGGCUAUUGCUCCGCUUAUUGCUGCGCCACUUGGUGACAAUAACGUUAGUGCUGGAGGCGGUGGAGGCGGAGGAGGAGGGGGCGGAGGAAAAGGCGGUUCUGGAUUCGGAUACGGUGCCGGUUACGGCAGAGGUUAUGCUGUGAGUCGAGGAGGUACCGUUGUCGCCGGCGGCGGCGGUGGCGGCGGAGGGGGAGGCGGCGGGGCUAAUGGAGGAUUUGGCGGCGGCUUUGGUUCUGGUCAAGGCGGAGGGCAAGUUGUUGUAGAUGGUUCUCAACCAGGCUUAAACUUAGCACCCGGAGGCGUUGCUGCUGGCGGCGGCGGUGGAGGCGGCGGCGGCGGAGGAGGUGAUGAAGGCGGUUCUGGUUUUGGCUUCGGCGCAGGUUUCGGCAGUGGCGUAGCCCUGGGACCUUAA